AUGACCUUCAAUCGAGGCAGUUGGCUAACUCUUCUGAUUCACGCCGUCGUCGUUGGAGUUGUUGCAGUUAAUGCUAUCGACGAAGACAACGAGCUCGUUAAAGUAUGCCGCCCAGUAGCACUUCGUCUGAAAGUUCUGUUUCUUCUCGACGGCUCCGGUUCCGUAUCCGGUUCUACUUUCUCAAUGCAAAUGAAAAUGCUUGACAAGGUCGCUUCCCUAAUGAAUAUUGGGAAAAAUAAGAGUCAAAUCGCCGUUCUACAGUAUGCCAGCUACACAAGACUUGAAUACGGCUUUGAUGACAACCAGAGUCGUGAUGAUUUACUGGCCACACUGAAGAAAAUUCGCCACAUGUCCGGGACAACGAAAACCGGAAAAGCAAUGCUGAAAGCAUUGGAUAUGUUUAAGAAAAUAAAACAACGUGACGAUGAGGAUAUUUCGCAGGUGGCCGUGGUGGUAACCGACGGGCACUCACAGGACAAUCCAGCACCAGCAGCAGAUGCUUUACGAUCAGCUGGAGUGACCAUUAUAACACUGGGCAUCGGAGAUCAUAUCAAUCGUGAUGAAAUCGUUCGAAUCAGUGGCAAAGAUGAACUGGCAUUCCAAAAUCUUCACAAAAACGUGUCGCUCGAGCAUUUCGUAGCCGGCUUCAAAAAUCUAUCCGAAGGAGAGCAUUGUGAAUACGCUAGAGGAGUGGAUGGAGCUGAAAUCACUUGUGGUCCGGAUUUCGUGCAAGUAGGAAUCUCGACGACGAAAAAAUUGAAGGGUCGACUGUUCUUCGAGGGUUAUCACCAAGAACCCGGAUGCUCGUCGAUGGAGGAUACUUCCCACGGAAAUAACGACGGAUCACGAUUCGACGUGCGCACUAUAGCUCCACAUGGAAAAUGUGGCCUGAUAAAAGUCUACGAGGCGAAAUCCCGAGGUUUUGUGGUCUCGUCGCGAGCGGUACUCCAAUUUGAUCGACGAUUCGCAACCGCCAACGAUCACUCUUUCGAAAUUCGAUGCUUCUAUCCGGACAAGACAAAGACGGCGAAAAGCCCACAGAGAGUCCAAGGAGUCACCACGCUGGUGAAUGGGGCCGAUUUUGGACGGGUGUACAACCAUGCGAUGAGAUGCCGCUCCAUCUGUCAGCCUCUACCAGGAACAAUGCUCUUCAAGUUGCGCUUUCCGUUCGUGAACACCACUGGCUGCAUAUGGCGACAUCACCCACGCUUUCGGGUGCAUUCCUGCUUUAUCGUCGAUCCUAUCUCUCAUCGUAUAGAAAUGGUCGUCGAUCAUAAUGGGUGCAUUACUCAAAAAUCGAUCAUCGCCGCCAUCGAUUACUCCUCAGACGGUAGUGUGACAGCCGUUGGUAGAGCGGUUCGCUUUGCUGACAUUCCUAUUCUGAAAUUCUCCUGUAAACUUCGCUUAUGCAAUUCGUCCGACGGCCAGUGCAGUCCCAAGGAGGCUCCUCACUGUCGACUGAAACGCGAAACUCCGGAGGGGGCAAAUUCUUCAAACGACGCUGAGCCGGAGUAUGACACUUAUGACGACGGCAACGUUGAGGAACGGAUAGCGGAGCCCGAGAAGGCCACGGUGUUUCCUGAUGAGGAACCGACAACGACAGUCUCUCUGCCACAAAUCUUGCGUGAUCCCGCCAAAACUACAGCGAUCCCUUGGAGAAGCGCAUCACCAGUAAUAUCAUCAGCCCUCCCAGCUGGUGGGAUAGAUGUGAAGCUGGAUCCAAAGCCCUUGGCCAUAAUGGAAACUGAUCAAGCCAGGGAUCGUUUCAAACAGGCUCUACAGCUCCGUGCGAAUUCAGUCCCAAUGCAGGUUGCACAUACAGUCACUGAGCCUCUCAACAACACAUCUAAAUCACUUCCAAAGAGGAAAAACCCACUUAAAGUUUUGCACAGCAGUGGAUUGACUGUGAAGAAAGUAAAAGGUGUCGUGCGGCAGCUGCCUAGACCCCUUACCGUUCAAGAAAUGCAUCAACUGGUCAGUACUGAAGGGCCUCUCGCAGAACUGCCAGGAGUAGCGGCUGAAGAACUACAUGAGGUGUUUGAGAGGAUUAUGGACGACCAGGAAACAGCUCCUGAACAGAGACUUCAGCUCCAACCACCACGACCAAGCUCGACGACAACUCCUCAGCCAAUCGCGGAAAUCAUUCCUGAUAACGAGCUUGAAGAAGAGGUAGUGGUGGUCAGCGAUGCCAUUGUCAUACGAUUACCCCACGAAGCAUACGUAACCGGUUGCAAUGAAAAUGCUCAGUGUACAUAA